AUGAGUCUUUGGUGUCGGUGGCUGCUUGCACGAGCUCGGCCAGGGAACCGUUCGUGCUACGUGCGGCCAGGGAACCGUUCGUGCCACGUGCGGCCAGGGAACCGUUCGUGCUACGGGCGGCCAGAGGACCGCUCGUGCUACGGGCGGCCAGAGGACCGCUCGUGCUACGUGCGGCCAGAGGACCGUUCGUGCUACGUGCGGCCAGAGGACCGCUCGUGCUACGGGCGGCCAGAGGACCGCUCGUGCUACGUGCGGCCAGAGGACCGCUCAUGCUACGGGCGGCCAGAGGACCGCUCGUGCCACGUGCUGCCAGAGGACCGCUCGUGCCACGGGCGGCCAGAGGACCGCUCGUGCUACGGGCGGCCAGAGGACCGCUCGUGCUACGGGCGGCCAGAGGACCGCUCGUGCUACGGGCGGCCAGAGGACCGCUCGUGCCACGUGCGGCCAGAGGACCGCUCGUGCCUCGUGCGGCCUGAGAACCGCUCGUGCUACGGGCGGCCUGAGAACCGCUCGUGCCUCGGGCGGCCAGAGGACCGCUCGUGCUACGUGCAGCCAGAGGACCGCUCGUGCCUCGUGCGGCCAGAGGACCGCUAG